GCAGACAGAUAAGCAGCUCUCCCUCCUCUAUUCGCAGAGGCUCGUGGGACUUCAAGCAGCAGUUGUCACUGGUUGCUGUCAGCUUUGUUCGCUCAGUCUGCCUGUGAGAGAAGUAAGAUGGCGACCACUUCGAGUGGAAAGGUGUCUCGCCGUUGCCAAGGAGCUAUCUGCCAGAAAUCACCAGCCCUUACAAGGCGAAAAUGUCCUAAGUCACGUGGAAAAGUUGAAAGAAUCAAGGAAGACUGUUACAGACUGCAGGUCGCAUGUAAGACAAAUAUGGAUUCCAUCAAAGUUUUGAGCAGUCUCUGUCAUCGCUUAGAAGAGGAGAAUACAAUUUUGCUGGAGCAAAUCAUAGAAUAUGAACAUCGUAACAUGGCCUAUGCCAGCCAACAGUUGAGGGAAUACACCAAGGCUGGGAAUAAUAUCUUAGCUGUGCAGUCUUGGGCAGAUCGACGACUACAAGAUGCCCAAGAUGAUCUUCAGAAGACUGUGGAGCAAGGAGAGAAUUGUCAACAUGAGCUCCAUCUCCAACUUAAGGCCCUUGAUAGUAAGUUAAAGGACUCACAGAUUGAGCUGCACAAACGUAGAGAGUACCGAGACAGAGAGCAUCCUUUGAAAGUGCUGGAGAUGGCAGAAUUACAAAGACAACUGUACAAACUGGGCGAGACUCAUCAGGAUCAAAAGGCUGAUGUAGAAGCGUUAGCACACUCAGAGCUGCAAAACUUUAUGUGUCAGCAAGAGAAGCUGAGAGAUGUCUCUCUAGAGAAAGUUGUACAGUAUUACAUGGAAAGUCUGCCUCUCUCAGUGAGAAGAACAUGUCUGCAAAAUCAUGGGAUGAAAAAAGAAAUCCAGAUACAAAAACAGGUGAUUGCAGAACUUCAUGAUCAGAUUUUGGCUUUAAAUGAGACAGGAGUCUUGUUGCAGAAGUCACAGUGUCAAAGGCAUGAAAAGCUUUGCAGAGAUCUGUUGCUCCACAUGCCCAAAUGUUCUCCUGAUGAGGAUGUGGCUUUUGAUAUCCCAGUUGAAGAAGAUGUUGGCAUCUAGCAUCAUCAGAUUGAAGAAACCGCAAAUACACUGCAGAGAAAUAUACCAACAUAAAUGCUGCCUGCUACAUGUACAAUAUCUUUUACCUUUUAUUCAGAGCGUCAUUGUGCUCUAUUACAGCUUUUCUUGAAAUAAUGACCACAUUGACAAUAUUGGUGAACUAUAUCAUUGCUGGAGUUCCCAAAAAUAACCAUAUAAAUACCUCUAAUAUGAGAUGGGCUGCCCUGUUCUCUUUUUUGGCUUUGAAGAUUACCAAAUCUGUAUAAGUUAAUUUUAGACUUUGCCUCACUAUUUGGCUAAAAGCGAGUAGCCUUUGCCUAAAUAAACCCCUCUUUGUAAUAUAGGAGUUGUUGAGAAAAGGGCACAUAUUCCUCCCUAUGUGGUAGCCGUGUCCUUCUGUGGCAAUGUUUUCCCCCCCUCAUUGGAAUGCAUUACUAAAUACGCCACUUACCAGUUUGAAUAAACACAUUAAUACAUUUUUA